AUAAACUAACCGCAAACUCAGGUGUAUUCAAAUGGUUUUAUCUUGCAAUACAUUUCAUAUGACAUAUAAGAUAGUUACUUUGCCUACUUAUAACCUUAAAAUAAAAUUGAGUUUUAUCUUUGAUAGUGGUACGGUUAGGCGCUGCUUUUUAUUGGACUAUGGACCGGAGCUAGAUGGGCGUUAUUUCUGCAUCUUUUUAAUAUAGCCUACCGGCAGUAAGAGAUACUAAACAAUAUUAAUUAAAUUUAACUUUAAGAGAUUUAAAGCUGCUUUGUUUACAAAACUCAUUCAGUAAAAUGGCAACCUUUUUACAAUCCACCAUUGACAAAGGAUCUGACAUUCUCCAAGAUUUCUUAUGUUCGACAUGUGAAGACAAGAAACUGGAUAAAAUGGCUGAUUUCUACUGUGAAACUUGUGUUAAAUUUUAUUGCGGAAAAUGUAUUGGCAUGCACAGCCAGUUGUUUAUAAAACAUGCCCCCUAUGGAAGGGGAGAUUUGAAGAAAUGGCCAGUGGCAAAGCAGGUGGAAGAUUUUCUAUUGAAAUGCGAUGUCCAUAAAGAUAAAAACCUUGAAUUGUUUUGUGAUAAUCACAUUGAGCUGUGUUGCACAAACUGUGCAAUUCUUAAUCACAGACACUGCCAAAAGAUAACUCUUAUAUCCGACAUCGUAAAAAGCCAGUCGACAGACCUUCAACAACUUUCAGUUUCUAUCCAAACUAUUCUAAAAGAGUUGAAGAAACUUCAAGACAACCAAGAGGCUAGCAUUCAGUAUGUGCAAAGUUCAUAUGAUGAACAGUUACACAAGAUAGAGAACACUCGCAAAGAAAUAAAUGCAGCCCUAGACACUAUUGAACAGAAGACACGAAAGGAAAUGUUAGAUACUCUAACCAAACUGCAGGCCUCUACCAAAAGUGAAGCUGAUAAAUGCAUCAGGCUUAGGGAUGAAUUAAAACAACUUCGAGACGCUAAACAGGACAUAAGUGAUAAAAGCAAGCAGGAGUUAUCCUUUAUUGCCACCAGAAAAUGCGAGGAAAUAAUAAAACAAUCUAAAACUUUUUUGAAUAGCACUCUUCAGGAUAAAUUCUAUAUAUCAUUCCAGCCUAACAGUGAAAUUGUACAGUACUUGUCAACACUGUUAGGUCUUGGGAAGAUUGAACGAAUGAUGGUACAAGAUAAUCCAAACAAGGUUAUCACUGUGCAGGGCAAGUCUGAACACAAUGUGAAAGUAUCAAGUGAUUCAUAUGAAUGUCAUAUCACAGCCAUCCUUGUUCUCCCAGCCAAACAGAUCCUGGUUGCAGACUCUAAUAAUAAAAAAGUCAAGCUUCUUGACCAGCAGUACCAGGUGGUGAGUCACUGUAGUGUGACUGGCUAUCCACUGACCCUGUGUGAUACCACACCCAGUGAAGUGGCUGUUACUAUGAAUGACCGGAACAUACAUGAGGUCCAGUUCAUCACAGUCAACAACAGACAGCUGGUAAUAGGAAGAAAGCUUCAGUUUAAACAUGCAUGUGUUGGUAUUGCCUUCCACCAGGGAGACAUGUAUAUUACUGCUUGUACUGCGCUGUACAAGUAUAAACUGAAUGGGAAACUUGUCAGCAAGAUGUACGAGGAUACAUCAGACUGGAAUACAGGUAAGAAUAAUUGUUAAUGAAUAAUUAUAUGUGAUUUGUUUAAUAAAUACAUUUAAAAUGUUCCGUCAGUGUAUUAUUUCAACCGAAGUUAAGAAAAUAAUUAAUGUUUCGUAUCGUUGAUUAAGACAUUCCCAGAAUGCCAUGUCUAAAAAUAUUGUGAAAUAAUUAAAUUUUGUAUACAUAAAAUUUAAUGGAUUGGUAAAAUCGGGCAUAUUUAGUAGAUCUUUUAAUUGUUUGUUGCUUUUUAUAAUAUCUGAUUUAAGAAUUUGACCUAAAAUGUUGUUGAACAUUUGAUUGUGUGGUUCAAUAACUGUUUGUAACCUGUUUUUUUUUGUUUUGUUUUUUAAUAUUUAGUAAAUGAGCAUGACUUAAUAAGUUCAGCAACUGUCUUUCAUAACUGAUGAAGGACAUGGAUCCAAUAUCAACCAUAUGCAUGUAGUUAUUCUUUUGAAUGAUGAUCAUGUAAAAUAUUCCAUUUUGUGUCAAUACCAUUAUAACCAAGAUUGUAUGUAUGGGUAAUGUUAAUGAGUUAUACCACCUUACAUAUUCCUGUUCAUAUUAAAGCGUAAUUAUUUUUUCUACUUUGUUUGUAAAGACUUUAAUUAUUCUAACACCAGUCACUCACAAACAUUUAGAGAACACAAUACACAGGAACAGAAUUUCCUGCCACACAUAAAUAUUUAUUAUUAGUGGAUUUUAUACAUAUCUUAAUAAUUUGUUGUCUCUGGUAUUUUUAACAAGACAUUAUUUAUACAGUUUCAAUAAGAUUUAUUAUUAACUACUAUACAUGUUAUUCAAUAUGUUGAGGGUACUCUGUUUUACAGUACACAAUUGUGCUGUGAGUCCCACAGGGGACAAGUUGUACAUCAUUAAUAAAUCCCAGCACAAGCUCCUCACUCUGGCCAGGGAUGGUUCAGUCCUGGCCACAUUCACUGACCAUGCACUACAAGACCCAUAUUGUCUUCAUGUGACACCUGCAGGCCAAGUGCUGGUCAGUGGACUUGGGUCCAACACUAUCCUACAAGUAGAUAGUGAGGGCAAGAGAAAACUGGCUACUCUUUGUACAAAGGAGGAUGGAGUGGUGGAACCAAUAUCAGUCUGCUACAACAGACACACUGCCUCCAUCAUUGUGGGAUUAAGCUGCAAGAGUAGAAUCAUCGUGUUCAAAGUGGGAUAGUGUAAUUUAACAUGUAUCUUGAUUGAUGAUUCAGAGGAUUUAAAUUGCCAUGUGAUUGUGUUGUUGUGUGUAAAAACAUUUUGUUAUGAUAAUAAAGACUUUUUAGUGUU